GUCGUCGCUGGUGGAGGUGUGGUGUUGACGGUACCUACCUACCUACAGUGCCGUUAUCGUGCGUCAGACAGAACAGUGGGCGUUCCACCAUCCACGAUAUGGAACAGUGAUAAAAUUGGUUUUAUCGUGCCAUGACACAGCUGGAAAAGAAGUGACUCGCUCAAGUGAUUGAAAUGAAAUGUUCUUAAAAUUUUUGGAUAAUUGAUAUAUAAGUAACACAAAUUCACGAAUUAAUCUAAAAUGAAUUGGUGUAGAGUUAAACUUUCUGCGGUGUUGAUGUUAAUACUAAAUUGAAAUUAUCAUUGGUUGGAAAAAGCUGAGCACUGUACCAAACCCUCCAAUAACUCCUUGUGUGGUGUCAUGGUGUGCCUGCAGGAAGAACAGUGUCAUUUAUGUGCUUAGCUUUAGUCACGUCAUCAGAACGGACGUCAGCCAUGUGAUCAGUGCCAUAUGGUUGUUACUUAUGUACGAUGAGGUUUCCUAAGAUAUUUGACGGCGGCUCUUUUACUCGUCGUCGUCCAGAGUCUGUCUUAGCAGGUGGUGGAGCCGUUGAGAAGAGAUCUCACUGUGUCCAGGGGGAGAAAGACAGUCGCGAACAAAGUGGAGAAGCUGUGGAGAAAAGAGAGGGAUGUUGUUCUGUGGGUGAUGGAGCCACAGGAGCUGUCAGAUACGGGAGAAGCAAACAGAGCUCAGCUAAUAUACGUCGAGAGUCAAAAAUCUCCCUCCUGUCGAAGGUAUAUGGACCAGAUCCUGUCGAAGACGUUCUCAAGACUAGUAAAAAAGAUGCCCGGGAUUCAGGGACUAAUAAAAAAGAAACGAAAAGAUUCUCUGGAUUUGGCAGACGGUUUUCUAUCCGUGCUACAGGGACAACAAAGACGGUGUCUAUCCUCCGUCGCAGCAACACACUUCCACCGCAAGGAACAUCUAGUCCUGGGGACAAGUCAUCACAGAAGCUCAAGUUAUCAGUACCUUUAACUGAAGAGAUAGGGGAUCCUCUCAGCGUUAGUUCAUCAAAAAAUAUAAAGAGUGGCAACAAGGCCGCCAGAGAACGUGCCCAGCAUGUCAACCAAGAUCCCGAAUGUCGCGUGUUCACUUCUCAGGACUUCUGUGACGCCAAGACACUCACUCCGAAGAAAAACAACCACCUUGCCGCCCAACCAUCCAGAGAGCAGUAUGUCGAGGCUCGGGUCAGUCAAUAUAUCUCCUCUAUAACCUGCAGGGACGGUGAUCUAUCUCGAGGGUCUUCUGUUUGUACUUUGCGUUAUGAAGGGUCGGACAUCACGCCUCACUAUCUCAGCGCGUCUGAGGUCGCUGUCUCAGAGGUCACGUCCUGUGAUCUUCCACUUGUUGACUUGACCUCUAGUGACGCCACACUGCCAGUCAGUCCCUACAGUACUUUCACCUCCGACUUCAACCCGAGUGUUACUUUGGACGUUCCUUCUGCACACCAGACGUCAUCUGUGGUAGGAACCGGUACUGCCCCCUUCCCUACCACGCCUACCACCUCACAAAGCCACGCGAAACCUCCUGUCCGCAUUUUGAAUUCCCUCUCUCAUUUUCUGGCCUCAUUCAGAGAUUUCAGAGCCACAACAACCCGGGAGACCUACGAGAACGCAACCACCAGCUCUUCUGGUCAGAGCUGUGAUAACUCUAUAGCCUUGUCCAAUUACCCGCUCCGGGAUAGGUCACAGUGCAGCCCAUCAUCAAGUUUCACCCUCUCAUCAGGCACUGGUAGCGAUGGAGGUCAAGAGUCAAGUGUUGUUAGUAGCAUUGGAUCACAAGGUCACAGGUGCCCCCAGUGCCAGGUCAACUUUCUGACGAACAGACAACUACUAGAGCACUGGUCGGUCUUCCACACUCAUGAUGUACUUCAGCUGGCCCUCUCUCCUCUCCACCGCCUCCAUCACUGCGGGGGCAAGAAAGAGGAGGUGCAGAGGAAAGGAGAACAAACGAGACUCAUAGAGGACAAUAUUGAACGAAGAAAAAUAUCCCUAACGCAUCUCGCCCUCGACAUUCCAAGUGAAAAGACGACUCGUGACAAAGUUUACUUUUUGGGGAUGGCCUCUAAAAUAAAAAAGUAUAUUGAGAGAGCAUCCUCAGCGGACAUUUCAAGACGUCACGAGGAUCGUGUCCACCUCUCCAUGAGAAAGCAGGAGUCCUCAGUGCCGGGCCCUCUCAGUGGCACUCCUUAG